AUGCCUUUCUACGAAGUUUCUCACGCGUACCCACUCACCUCCGCCCAAGAGGAUGAGCUGGCACAAGCGAUCACGAAGAUACAUCUCUCCAAAUUCCCUUUGGUCCCAACAUUCUUCGUGAACGUUGCAUUCAAAGACGUCUCGCGGCGGUCAAGCUUUGUCGGGGGUAAACGACAUCGCGCAAACCAUCUCACGGGGCGUGUGCGCUUGGGUGACCGCACACCUGCUGAUUUCGAAGACAUGCGGGACCAGCUCGAGGAGGCUUGGAACAAAAUUGUCUUGAAGCCGGCACAGGACAAGCUGGGUGCAAAGGAAGGUGCAAAGUAUGAGCUGCAGACGCUGGUCCUUUCUCCCGGAAACCCAAUUGGGAAGGAGGGUGGUUUCGAAAUCCCGAUAGCUGGCCAGGAGAAGGCAUGGUUGGAGAAGCAUUGGACCGAGUUCAAGAAGCGGGCAGAUGCUGGUGACGAGCAGUUUGUCGAUAUGGUCAAGCAUGUUGAGGCGCAGGGGAAGUUGUAA